AGAUUUAGUUGGCUGUUGAUUUCUUUGGGAGGGAUUCUGUUAUCUGGUCUGGUGUGAGUGGAAAUUUGGCAAAUAAUAAAGUUUAUGUUAUUGUUUUCGUCUUACUAAAUUUGUAUUGUAUGACAUUUGCAGUUGAUAAUGUUUAGUAAGCUCCAUUGAAGCUUCUGUUUUUGAAAUGUCUGUAUUGUCAUCAUCUUUAAAAAGACGUCGUAGAUCACCUAAUAAAAUGAAAUUUAAGGCAAUGGGAAAUCAUGAUGAGUUUCUAUCCAGGAUAAAAAAAACACUUUAUUAUGGCAAAUUUCCACUUACUGAGAGGUUCAGUCUCCCUGUUUCUGAAUUGGCAGCAGAGAUCUACUCGGAAGUGAAGUUGGGAAAGAGUUUGGAAAGACUGUGUGUCGAGGAAGUGGCCGAUGUGUCGAGAUCAGCUUGUGCCUCCCCCUGCGCCCUCAUCUUCGCCCUCUUCUACCUGGAAAGACUGAAAACAUCCAACCCCGAAUACGUUGAACGAGUGUCGCCUUCCGAACUGUUUGUCAUAUCGUUGAUGGUCGCUAGCAAAUUCUUGUACGAUGAUGGAGAGGAGGAUGAGGUUUACAAUAGCGAAUGGGCUGCGUCGGCUGGAAUAGAUGUCAAAGAGAUAAAUAAAUAUGAGAAAGACUUCCUCAAAGCUAUAGACUGGCAAGUGUUCCUCAAAGAUGAUAAAUUCUGGGACGGACUGCGAAAUAUGGAGCGGCAAGUGGCGAAACAGGAAGGACAUAAGAGGGGCUGGUUCUCCUAUACGGAACUGGAGGCGCUUCUGGAUUGUGUUGACGCCUGGUCACUGGCUCAUACCCUUGUCAUGGUCUCAGUAGUGUGUUUGACGAGCUACACAGCAAGUAUACUGUCACUGUACGGCUCGGCAGCAUUGGCAAGUCGUCUCCCCGGCCACCACCUCAACCCAGCCUUCCGUUCUCCGAUCUCCACCAGUGUCCAACCGUCUGACUCUCCGACAUCGAACGACUCCAUCGACCUGCAUCUUCCGAUCGACCUGAAUCUCCCUAUCGACCUGAAUCUUCCUAUCGACCACUGUCUCAACGACUGUUUCUCAACCAACCGAACCUACGAUCUCUCGAACCCAACUCCUCGGUACUCGUGGCUUGUCUCAUGGCUCGAUUACACCGAUACCAACUCGACGACCAACGAAUUUUCCGACCAGGAAUGGAUUACGGAUUUCGAGUUGCACGAUAAUUACAAUGACGAGACUAACGAAUUCUCCGACCGGAAAUGGAUUGCAGAUUUUGAGUUGGACGACAAGCCGCAUGGACAUUCGACUUCCUCUUGGUUUCAAGGUUUGUUUGAUGGAAAAUUAUCGCCGGUUAGGGUUUCAUCCAUGGCUGGGUUUCCUUUCAAUAUAAUGUUGACUCAGUAAUGUGCCAAAAAAUGUAAGGUGGAUGAUGAAAUUAUGUGAGAAAUGUUCUUGAAUAUGUUGCAAUGAGGAUCUGAGACCAUCAAUUUGUUCGCAACACAUGAUAGAAUCGGUGAAUUAAACUUUCUAUUUUUGAAAACAUGGAUAUCAAUUUAUUUGAGGGAAUAAGUGCGGAAUCGAAUCGAAGAGUUGAAUAAUUAAAAUACAAAGAUUUAAGAUCUGUGGCUAAAUCCUCCCAAUACAUAAUUCAGGUAAAAAAUAGUUACUUAACUUUAGUCAAUUUGUAAAACUACAUUAUUAGUCAUUUAUAAAUUUAGAUCCGAAUUCAGGUUUGAACUUCAAAGAUAAUUGGACGAUUUCCUUCUUAUUUUUCAAGCGAUAUAUGCGUUGACACAUUCAAUAUUCAUUUAAUAAAUAAAUAGAACUUCAAAUUUCAAGUUCAACUCGUCGUCGUUUGACACAUUAAUCACAUUCGUUACAUUUUACUAUUUCAUCACCUAUUCAUGCAAAUUAAAGCGGUGUGCACAAGGCUUAAGGUGAAAUUUUGUGCAAAUUCUUAUGUUUUUUCGCAACUACUUUCAGCUUUGGAAUGAAAUCUCCUGGAAAAAGGUUUAAUUAUCGCAAUUUUGAAACUCGAUUCGAUUCAUCAAGUAAAGAUUUUGUUGACCCACGUAAGUACAAGUUUUUUAUUAGAAGUUUCGUAAUAUUUGACGAAUUGUAUCGUUGAGUUUUAUUGGAUCGCUCGUAUAGAUUGAAAUCAUCCACCUUGCUACGUUGAAAUUAGUAAUUUUCCUUCAUUUAGCUAAGAAAUAUGAAAUGUGUAAUUUUAUUUAGAUUUACUCAAUUAACAAGUAAUUUACUAUUCAAGUUUAAUUUGCACAAUAGUGUUACUGUAAUUCUUCAAUACAAGUUCUCUGACAUUUUGAACUGGAUUUCAAAAUUAUUUCAUCCAAAGGUAAUAUUACUAAAUAUUUUAAUGCCAGUAAUAUUACUAAUAUUAUUAUUAAACAUAUGUGAAAUAAGUAAGCUAGAAAAGAUCUAGAGUAGUUGAGAAUAUUUUUGCAAAGUGGAUUUAUAGCAGGGUUAUCAUGCAGAGAAUUUAACAGUUGUUAAACAUUUACAGUUGAAUCUUUCAAACAAUUUGUGUUAUUUAGUCGUGUUAGAACUUUUAUAUUGGGAGUAUAAAGUAUAAACUAUCACAUUAGUUUUCAAGGAUAUCUCAUGAUAAGUACGAUUCUUAUAAUUAUAAAGGAAAUCUACAUUGAUAUGGGAAUUAAAUAAUUUGUUUAUUAAGCGUAGUUUAAUGUUGAUUACAUUGCUAAAAAUGUAAUUUUGGUACAAAUUCACAUAUGUGAAAUAAGUAAGCUACAAAAUCUUGCUGUUUUCCAAGAAUUAUUCAUGAUCCUUAAUGCUAGAACUGUGGUCUCUCAUUUCAUCUCAUCUAUGGUGAAUGCACACAGCAACAGACAUAUGGAGAAAAAAUUGAACGUCUGCAUAAAGACGUGAGCAGACAUACGGAUGUCUGUGUGCAUUGCAACAUUUGAACACUUGUGGAUAAAGUUUUCCUCCGUCUGUCUGCAUACGUCCGUAUUUUGCUGUGUGCCUUUGCUUUUAUGUGGACAUCAUCUUCAUCAUAAAUAGACAAUUUUCUACAUUGUCGGGAGCAGGCUUCCAGUAUCAUCAUACAUUGCGGGCAAAAUUACUCUCGAUUAAUGUUAUUGAAUAAUGUUUUCGUAUAAUGACAAUGGUAAUUUAUAGUGUUAGAUUUGUCAAUUCAUAAUAUGUUGGAAUCUCAAGCGUCAUAGAUUUUACCUCCUAUGAUAAAUUUUACACAUACAAUUUUCAUAAUUUAUAGAGAAAACUUUGAAUGCAUUGAUCAGGAUCUCCAUUGUUUCAGACUGAAAUGUAAGUUAAAUUUUGCGUUGGGUAUUUUAUGGUUUUUCACUAUUAUUCUCAUAUCCAAUGUCUUCUUGUUCAUGAUUAUCUUCUUUUUUAUAAUACACAAGAGGUACUUGUGAAUCAUGAUUUGUUACAGUUCAUUGUAAGAAAUACCUUGUGCAAUUCUUGUUAGCUUCUAACACAACGAUUUAUUUAUUGCAUUUGAUAGCUGUAAUACUUAUCACCAAAAAAUCGAGGGUUUUAAUUUGAUGUAUCUUAUGAUUAAUUAAUUUCAUUUACAGAAAUAAAUAAUUUAUGAUAUUAGA